CUUUUUAGUUCCUGAUUCACAGCCCUGAAGACGUGGUUUCACUUUGUCUUCCUUCUCAUAAGUUCCUACGCAGUUCUCUCUGCCAUUUCCACUCCACUAAUAACAUGAAAUCAGGCUAAGAAAAGGAUUUAUUUUGUAUACUGUGUAUGAGGAACCUGUACUUUUGGUCUUGUGUCUUUUCUAGAAAUCAUUCAUGGAUCUAGCCAACUGCGUGGCUCCAGGGGUCCAGGGUUCAGAGAUGAAACCAGUCGGAUGUCCACCAGGGCUGGAGUAUUUAACACAGAUCGACCAGCUUCUCAUUCACCAGAAAGUGGAACUGGUUGAAGCUAUUUUAGGAUGGGAGGCCAACAACAAGUACCUGGUGAAGAACUCGCUCGGGCAGCAGGUCUUUUAUGUGGCUGAGGAGAACGACUGCUGUAACCGGAACUGCUGUGGACCGCUUCGAUCCUUCGUCCUUCACAUCCAGGACAACGUGGGUCAGGAGGUGAUCACGCUCACGAGACCACUACGCUGUGGCAGCUGUUUGUGCCCCUGCUGUCUGCAAGAGCUUGAGAUUCAGUCUCCUCCAGGCACACCCAUCGGGUACGUGGUUCAGACCUGGCACCCUUACUUACCCAAGUACACCAUUCAGAAUGAAAACAAGCAGGACAUCCUGAAGAUCGUAGGACCUUGCUGCACCUGCAAAUGUUGUUCCGAUGUGAACUUUGAGGUUUUGUCGCUGGACGAAACGCAGACCGUGGGCUGCAUCAGUAAGCAAUGGACAGGUGCCUUGCGAGAGGCUUUCACGGACGCCGACAAUUUCGGGAUCCAGUUCCCUCUGGACCUGGACGUGAAGAUCAAGGCUGUGCUUCUCGGAGCCUGUUUUCUCAUCGACUUCAUGUUCUUUGAGCAUAACAAUUAAAAAAAAGAGCUCCUUCCUGUAUGGAGCCAGAGCACAAUGUUUCAGAGCGACAGUCACUGUGUACUGUGUUUAUACGCUCUAAUACAUUAUAGACAAGACAACCAUGAGAACCCAAGAACAAAGGUUUUAUCGCGGGAUGGAUGACAAUGGAUUGUUUUAUUUUCUGCUAGAGAGCAGUACACAUAUACUGAUGUAUGUUUGAAGCACCUUCAUGGCCUCGUUCCCGGUUGCAGAAAACAUCUGGGGUCUAUUUGGUUUGACCAACCAAAAAUGUUCUUGACUACUAUACAAGAACAUCAUCUCUUCUCUAAAUGUCCCUAAUAAAUAUACAACCUGAUGUAAGCCA